AUGGAUGGGGAUCAGAUCCAAGAAACUGAUUGUAGUCAAGAUGACGUAGGAGGGUCUCAGGAAUCAGUGAAUGAAGACAGAAAUAUUAUAAUUAAUGAACCUACACCAGAACCAUCUAAUACUUUGCAAACAAAUCGCCGACGUAAAAACCCUCCAGAAUUAAUAGAAGCUGGAAAAACUAUGAACAAAGCGCUUAAUACUCUUAAUGCAGUAUUAAACCAAAAAAGUGAGAAUAAUUUUGCCCAUCAAGAAGAUGAGUGCGAUCUUUAUGGCAGAAAGUUAGCGAAGAAACUAAGAAAAUUUCCAGAACAUGAAAGAGUGAAUGUCAUGUAUGAACUCGAUGGGACGAUCAUUCGUCUACUUUCACGCAACACUUCACAUAGACAUGUUACAACACCUUCACCACUUUCUGCUCAUAGUUCUUACUCUGAACCUAUUUUCUCUACUAAAAUGAAC